CAACAAACAAGCAUCCCAUAUUCCGUCGGACGCGGUCCACCGUUGUCAGCCCUGAGUGGUUGUUCUCGGGCAAGCAGUGAAGAAGGCUCGACCCCUAGGGCUUUUCCUACUCCCAAAAUCUGAUAAAAAGGGGAAGACUAAAGUUCUGCUGCUGCUCCUACUGGACCUUCUCAAUCUGAAUAUAUGAAUUCUACUCAAUCUGAAUAUUUUUUCUUUCUAUAAUUGGCUUAGUUUCGGCCUUUUAGGUUUCAAUUAUGUUAUCUUUUUGCUUCCAGGUUCAGUUUUUCACUUUCCUCUCUGAACAAAGUUGCAGGAAUUCUAGAGUUCUUGUGUGAAUAAAUUGAAAAAUUUCUUCCAUUUCCUAAUUUUUCAUUUCCUAUCUGAAUAAGUUUCAGUCCGCAUCAUGGUCAAUCAUUAUCGAUCAAGGAAAAAUUUGAUUCUGCAUCAAGCAACGUAAUCUUUUAUACUCAUCUCACUAUGAAGCUUGUUAAAUUCUUCAAUCUCAAAUCUUCCAAACUCUGCAAGUUCAAAACCCUUUUGUCCACAGACAAUCUUCUGUCCCAUGCCCAUUUCUCCACUACGCCUCAUUCAAAUCUCUCCUCUCAAUCCCAGGCAACUGUUUUCAAUAAUCCAUCAACUCCUCCAAUCUCUGAAUCUCUACUUCUAGAUUUAAUCCAAUCUUCUCGGUGGCAUUUUAUCAAGCAGGUUGCUUCCAGUUUGACUCCUUCUGUCAUCUCUCCGAUUCUAACCCACCUUCACCAGAACCCACAGCUUGUUUUUCAACUUUUAACCCAUCUUCAAUCUCACUCCCUAGAUUUCAAAACUCAUUGCCUUGCAAUUGCUAUCAUUUCUCGCCUUUCAUCCCCGAAACCCUCUAUAGAACUCUUGAAGAAGUUAAUUACCAAUGGUAUUGCCACUAACAGGGUGAUUUUUGAUGAGUUGGCUCUUCUCCACCGCAAGUUCAAUAUGAAGAGCACUAUUGUUUUUGAUUAUCUUGUGGUGGCAUAUUGUGAGUUGAAGAAAGCUAAUGAGGCAUUGAUGUGUUUCUAUAUGAUGAAAGAGAAGGGGGUUUCGUCCAAAACUGAGACUUGUAAUAUGAUGUUGAGUUUGUUGUUGAAGCUGAAUAGAACAGACAUGGCAUGGGUUUUGUAUGCAGAAAUGUUUAGAUUGAAGAUCAAAUCCAGUGUGCGUACUUAUAAUAUAAUGAUUAAUGUUUUAUGUAAAGAAGGGAAGUUGACAAAGGCAAAAGGAUUUGUUGCUUAUAUGGAGACUUUAGGCGUCAAGCCUAAUACUGUUACAUAUAAUACAGUUAUACAUGCAUAUUGUAUGAGAGGGAAGGUUGAUGUGGCUCGAGACAUCUUCAAAGAUAUGAAAGAUAAAGGCCUUGAGCCUGAUAGUUAUACAUAUAACACUUUUAUUACCGCAAUGUGUAAAUCAGGAAGGAUUGAGGAAGCAUCUAAGUUUCUCAAGAGCAUGUCGGUCCCUGAUGCUGUAGCAUAUAAUGCAUUGAUUGAUGGAUACUGCAAUAAAGGAGAUAUAGAUAAAGCUACUGCCUGCAGGGAUGAGAUGAUCAGUAGAGGCAUAAAUGCUUCUUUGGUGACCUAUAAUUUAUUAAUUCAUGCACUACUUAUGGAAGGAAGAAUGAGUGAAGCUGAUGAUAUGAUAAAAGAAAUGAGAGAAAAAGGUAUCCAUCCUGAUGUUAUUACAUAUAACAUAUUGAUUAAUGGGUGUUGCAGAUGUGGGGAUGUGGAGAAAGCCUUUAGCCAUUAUGAUGAAAUGAUGAAAAAAGGGAUUCAGCCAACCCAGGUAACAUAUACAUCACUCAUUUUUGUUUUAGGUAAAAAGAACCGAAUGACAGAGGCAGACAACUUGUUCAAGAAGAUGCAACAAAGAGGUCUUUGGCCAGAUUUAAUUAUGUUUAAUGCAUUGAUUGAUGGUCACUGUGGAAAUGGUAAUAUAGAACGUGCAUUUGCAGUUCUAGAAAAGAUGGAUAAGAUGAAGGUUCUACCUGAUGAAGUUACUUAUAAUACCUUGAUGCAAGGAUACUGUAGGCAGGGGAAGGUGGAAGAAGCUCGUCAACUUCUCGACGAGAUGAAAAGAAGGGGAAUCAAGCCUGAUCAUAUUAGUUACAAUACAAUUAUUAGUGGUUACAGCAAAAGAGGUGAUAUGAAGGAUGCUUUUGGAGUUCGUGAUGAAAUGUUGAGUAAAGGAUUUAAUCCCACCCUUCUCACUUACAAUGCUCUUAUUCAAGGACUAUGCAAAAACCAAGAAGGUGAGCGUGCUGAAGAACUCCUCAAAGAAAUGGUACGUAAUGGCAUCACUCCCAGUGACAGCACCUAUAUCUCUAUAAUGGAGGCAAUAGGGAAAGCUGAGGACCUGGUUAGAAAUGGCGAUAGCUGAAUGUAUGCUUAUGUGCAUUGACAUGAAAUUGCACCAAGAAAGAUUUAUUUCAGGAGUUUUUGUGGAAGAUUCCACCUUGGACUCACACCUCUUGGCGCUCUUGUAUUUGCAGCCAACAUCACCAUGCAAAUCAUGUGGUUACAGAUCGACAAAUUGAUAGAACUCUUCACUCCUUUUUGGAUCUGUAAUUAGGAUUUUUCUAUUGAUUCUGAAUUUUGUUUUGGGUAGAAUUGAAAUGUAUUAACUUCACGAAUAGUUCAAGAUGGUCUCAAAUCUCAAUUCUUCCUUUGUUUUCA